AUUAUUUUGAUUAUUUAUUUUGUGGUUUCGUGUUCUGUUUUUAUCCUGUGAUCUGCCCUAAGAUCUGUGGGUGUGGAGCAGUACAUUAUUAUUAUUAUUAUUAUUAUUAUUAUUAUUAAUUAACAUGAGAAGACUGGGAGCAGAACCUGAACACAAGGAAGCUCUCUCCUCUUGUGGUUUUCCAGCCGCUGGUAUUCAGAAAUACACUGCCUUCAACUAGCUAUUGUACAUAGCUAUUGUGAGCAGAAUUCCUCCACAGAAUGUGUCUAAUCCUCCUUUAAAGCCGUCCAGAAAAAAAGGACUCGACAUUCAGACUGCAUGCAGUGGAGGAGACCUGGGCUCUUGGCUUUCCCGCCACCUUUGUCUCUUUAGCAGGUGAUGGAAUGAGCUUGGCAAGACCCGUUUGGCCACCUCUUCUUUCGGACGGAGGGGAAGCAGCAGCUGUAACACUAGACCAGUGCCCUGUGUCCUUUGAGGAUGUGGCUGUGUUCUUUGCAGAAGAGGAGUGGUCUUUGCUGGAUCCUGACCAGAGAGCUCUGCAUAGCGAAGUCAUGGAAGACAAUUGCCUGAUGGUCACCUCUCUUGCGCAUGGAAAGCACUUCCGCCAUCGUUUGGACCACACGACCCACCAAACCAUCCACACGUCAGAGAAGCCGUAUCAGUGCUUCGUGUGCAGCAGGAAGUUCAUUCAAAAGGGAAGUCUCACUGAACAUCAGAGAAUCCACACAGGGGAGAAACCGUAUCAGUGCUCGGAGUGCGGAAAGAGCUUUGGCCAGAAGUCGCAGCUCACUUUUCACCAGAGAACUCAUUCGGGGAAGAAACCUUAUCAAUGCCCGAAGUGCGGAAAGAGCUUCGUUCACCAUUCGACCUUUUCUUGCCAUCAGAAAGUUCACUUUCGGGAGAAAUUGUAUAAAUCGGGGGCGGGCAACAUCAGGCCACUCUACCCUGCGCUUGGCACCUGCCCCACACCAGGGCCCCCCUCCCCAGCCCCUGCCCCCCCAAUGACCCUGCUGUUUCUGCCUACCUGGAAUGUGUCCUUCAACUCCAACAAUGCCCCUUGAAUGUCUGUAUCGAGGAUAGAGAAGGUGUUGAAACUGGCCGGCUGUCAUGUCUGGCAUGUCAGGCUAUGAGAAAGUUCACUGCAGAGGACUCUCUUACGCAACUGGGCCCAGGACAGAUCUCUUAAAUCAGCUUGUGGAAAGAAGGGAGCUUCAUUCCGCCUGAUUUAG